UAGAACCAACAGCGAUAAAAGUGAAACGGCUCCGAGUUGUUUUAGUCGUUCCAUGUCGUUCGCGUUGCUCGUUCGUUUGAGGUCAUAGCGAGUCACCUGUGUAAACCCAAAUAAAAAUGCACCGACUGCUGUACAUAGCUGGGGCCCUGGUCCUAAUAGGCCACGUGUUUUGCGAAAUCGACCACCAAAUCGACGUCAACAACAUCACCAACCAGCUGCAGGAGAACAUCCCCGGCCUGGAGAAUUUCAACGCGAGCAAACUGCCCUCCGAGGAGGACGUCGAGCGCAUGCUGAAGGAAAAGUGCGAGAAGAACGGCGGCGGCGAGGAGGCUUUCCAGGCCCUCAAAAACCAGCAACAAGAACUCCGGACGUGCCUGGAGGCCCAGAUGAACGCCACUCAGAUCCAGCUGGAGGUGGAGGAGGCCAAAAAAACCGGUUCCAUGGACGAAAUCUUCGGCAAAUACUGUCGCAAGUACCCGGAAAUCUACCAAUGCGUGGAGGUGGUGAUCGGGAAAGUGAAGCCCUGUCUGGACGAGAAAGAGAAAGACACGAUGAACCAAACGUUGAAAAUCCUGGACGAGCUCAAGGAAUUCGUCUGUUUCAAGGACGGCGACCGUAUUGCCAUGUUUGUCGCUGAGGGCGGUGUCGAGUGUCUGGAGUCCCGGAAAGACGAGCUCCAGCAGUGUGCCAACCAGACGCUGGGCUCCCGGAUCCCCACCGACAUGUCCGCCACCAGCCUUCCGGUCUUUCUCUUCACCGAUCGGGAGUGCAACGACUUUGAUAAAAUCCGCGCGUGUUUCAACGACGAGCUGGAGAAGUGCAAGGACAGCACCCCGGCAAACAUCGUGGAUGCGUUCUUCAAGUUCUUGAAGAAGCACAUGCCGUGCAAUGGCGUCGCCGGGGCCAAGGAGGCGCCCAGUGCGGUCAAGGAAAGUGGCGGAAAUUCAGCCGGAGGUCUGGUGGUCUCCACACUCAUCGUCGGGGUCUCUGUCCUGAUCUCGAAAUUCUUGUGAUUCGCCAAAACUUUGUUAUUUAUUGUUGUUACACGUCUUUUAGUAGUGGGUGCGUGACUGUUGCCGGAAUGAUAUAUUUUUAUAAACAAUACGUAAUGUUUUUAAAUAAAUAAUCUUUUUUUAA